UCUUUUUGACCAAUGUUGCUUCACAUUUGUGUUGCGGUCAUUAGCACAUGUCUUGGCGUUUACUAUUACUAUUAUCAUACCCUUUUUGAUUGGGAUGCAACUUACUGGGAUGUGGACACACCAUUGUUUCCAUCAGGAUACAAUUACUGCCAAGCAGCGUAUCCAUCGCCGUCUGUAUACAACAAAGUCCCACCACCAUGGACAUUACACCAACUCUACAUCAUAACCCGACACGGCGACCGCGCACCCUCUACACACAUCCCAACAGAAAUAUGGACAACAUGUCCUCAACCAUCUGACAACCUCACCUUACCAUCAUCAAUCCUCCCAAACGCCCGACCCAUACUCCGGACACUACCAGAAACGCAUCUAUGGAAUGGAACGUGUAUGACGGGGCAAUUAUCUGUGCGGGGUAUACACCAAAUGCACACACUCGGGAAAGUAUUUGCGGAUAUUUAUGGUGAAUGGCCUGUGAUGGCGCGGAGUACGGACGUAUGGAGGACAAUUCAAGGUGCCCAGGCGUUUUUAACUGGGUUGGUACCAAAAGGGGAUGCGAUUCCUUUGUAUAUUUAUCCUAAAGCGGUGGAUACGUUAUCCUUGUCGCUGGUGUGUCCGCGGGUAGUGGAGGUUUACAAGGCGGCGAGGAGGACGAGGGAAUAUAAAUUGUAUCAGGAGAGGGCGGAGAGGGUUGCAAAGGGGUUAUCGAAUGAAAUGGGUGUAGAAUACAGGGAUUUGGAGAGAUGGUUUGAUAUUGUUCAAUGUAGGAGUUGUUGGGGAAAGGAAAAGUUGGGUGUCGAAGAGGAGGUGGUGCGACUGGCGUAUUGGUGGUUACGGUUUGAAUAUAAUGCCACACGGACGGUUGAGCUUGGGCUUCGGGUUGGGCCAUUGUUGGAUGAACUCGUGCAGACUAUGGAGGAAGGUAAAAAAGAACUGUACUAUUAUUCUGCCCAUGAUACCACUAUUUCGGGGGUUUUGAGUGUGUUGGGUUUUGAGCCGGUUUUGUGGCCUCCUUAUGCUUCUCAUCUUGUAUUUGAAGUCUGGACACGCGGGGAGGGUGAAAAGGGGGUAAAGGUACUGUACAAUGGACAAGUGGUAGACUUGGGGUGUGGUGAGAUGGGGUUGUGUGGAUGGCAGGCAUUUUUAGGGUUGAUAGAAAAGUUUUUGGUGGUGGACUUGAAAAAGGAGUGUAGGCCAGUGUGAGAUGUGUGGCAAGAGGUAGAUGGUGAGAAGCGGAUGUGGUUGAUAGAUGUUGUUUAAAAUGGAUGUACGACCCAUACAUAUGGCA